AUGGGCGGAGCUGAGUCCAACGAAGAGAAGAAGAAGCGGGUUGAGGUCUUGAUGUGUGGGUAUUUCCCGAGAGCCACGUCGCAGCGGCCGAGAUUUGUGGAAGGGCGUCUGCGUCGGCGGUUUCGGCUUCGACCUAUCGCCAGAGAGUCGCCGGUCAUCGAAGAACUGCUAGAAUCCGGUCGCCCCAGUCAGGCGAUGAAAAAGCACAGGUGCUACCAUAGCAUCGCCUUUCGCAAGCCCGCCUGCGCAUAUAGGGUUUUCGUCCGAAGUGAGGAAAAAACAAGAGCAGGCCCAGAAAAUCUUGAUAAAGGACGUCAUUUUGGUCGAAGGUGA